AUGGAGAUAACAACAGAAGAAAUGAAGAAGAAAAAGAAGAAAGAUCAUGUGAACAUAAAGAAAAAAGAUCUUUUUAAAAAAAAGAAAAAGAAAAAAAUGAAGAAUAAUAUGGAACAUGAGAAGAAGGAAAAGAAUAAAAAGUUUUCUAAUGGUGUAUUUAAAAAAAAAAAUAGAAGAAAAGAUAAUGAUAAAAAGAAGAAGAAAAAUAAAAACAUUAAAAGUUAUAAUAAUGAUAAUUAUAAUAAAGGUGAUGAUAAUAAUAAUCAUAGUAAAAGGAAACAAUUUCAUAAAUCAAAAUACAAUAAUGUGAUGGGAAAUAAUAAAUUCAAUUCUUAUGAAGAAAAAGAUGAUGAUGAAAAUUCUUCCUACUUUUAUAAUAAUGAAAGUGAUCAUAUAAUUGAUAAUGAAGAAAAUAUAAAUAAUGAUGAUGAUAAUGAUAAAAAGAUAUUAACAACUAAUAUAGAAAUAACAAAUAAUAAUAAAAUGGAUUAUGUUAAAUAUAUAAAUAUGAUUAAAAAUGAGCAAAAUGAAAAUGAGAAAAAAGUAAAUGAUGAAGAAGAUAUUAAUGAAAUUAAUAUAUUAAAUAAAAUUAAUAACGACCAUAAAGAUUCUUAUUCAAAUAAUGAUAUAUAUAAAAUUGUAUUACUUUUUUCUCCACUAGCUUUAACUAGUAUAAAAAAUAAACAAAAAACAUGUAUAAUUAAUGCAGAUGAUCAUAUGAAUAUGUUUAUGAAUAAAUUAGAAAAUCUUGAAAAUGCAAUAAAAUUUGAAAAAAAAGAAAAGGAAAAAAGAAAACUAGAACAAAUAAUUCAAAGUGUUAAAAAUAAAUUGGAUAAUAUAAGAUUAGACAUUUUGUUCUUUACAUUAUUAUCUUUAAGAGAUAGUAUUUUAAAUAAAAAAGGAAAAUUACAAAUAUAUAUAUAUACAGUUAAUGGUUCAUUCAUAUUUGUUUCUCCAUUAUUUCGUGUUCCAAGGAAUUUUACUCUUUUUAAAAAAGUCAUGUUCAAUUUGUUGAAAAGAGGGGUAGUAUAUGAUGACCAAAAAAAUGUACUUUUAAAAAUUAUAUUUAAUGAUAUUACAUCAUAUGUAGAAGACUCCGUAUGCAUUGCUAUAUCAAAUAAAGGAUUCCCUACAGAUGUAAAAAAGUUAACUGAUAAAAUCAAGCAAACGAAAAAUAAUUAUUUUUUUUUCAUAUCAUUAUCAAAUUCACAUGAUGUAACAAAAUUUAUGGAUAUAAUAAAGAAGGAAAAAACAAAAACGUUUUCUUAUGAUUAUCUUGUUAGGCUGUCGGAUUUGCAGUUAUCGGCAGUUGCUUUAGCUUCAAAAUUAACACAUUUUUUAAAUUAA